AGCUACAACAGCUUGACCGAGGAGGCGGCCCUCGGCAUCGUGCGCGUCGAGCGGCAGCGCAACAAACUCACCUCGCUGGGCUUGGGUCGCUGCAGCAUCGGCCCAACUGGCGCUGCAGAGAUCGCCGAGUACGUGUCGGGCAGCGGGGUGCUGACCAACCUCGUGCUCCCGCAAAACAACAUCGGCGCGGAGGGCGCAGCCGCGAUCGCAGAGGCGCUACGCGGCAACGGGGUGCUGAAAACCCUCAACCUCCGCUACAACAAAAUCGGCUCCGAGGGUGCUGCCGCGAUCGCCGAGGCGCUGCGCGGCAACGGGGUGCUGACCGACCUGGAUCUCUACGGCAACAACAUCCGCGACGAGGGCGCCGCUGCGAUCGCCGAGGCGCUGCGCGGCAACGGGGUGCUGACCUCCUUGGAGGUGGGCUUCAACAGCCUCACCGAGGAGUCGGCCCUCGGCAUCGUCCGUGUCGAGCGGCAGCGCAAUAAGCUCACCUCGCUGGGCUUGGGUGACUGCAGCAUUGGCCCGACUGGCGCCGCAGGGAUCGCCGAGUACGUGUCGGGCAGUGGGGUAUUGACCACCCUCAACCUCGGCCGGAACAAGAUUGGCGACGAGGGUGGCGUCGCGAUCGCCGAGGCGCUGCGCGUCAACGGGGUGCUGAAAUCCCUCAACCUCCGACUGAACGUUAUCCGCGACGAGGGGGCCGCUGCGAUCGCCGACGCGCUCGCCGUCAACGAGGUGCUGAAACACAUCGACCUCCGGGUGCUGACCGACCUGGAUCUCUACGGCAACAACAUCGGCGACGAGGGCGCCGCCGCCCUCGGCGAGGCCCUCAAGGUCAACGAG